CUGGUCACAGGGCAACAAAAUGGCUGCCGCGUUAUGUCGAUAACAUUUAUACCUCAAUGUUAACCCAGACCGCAGGUGCUUUUUAUUAAACGUCACAUUUAGCGACUAGGAAUCGCCGCCUGUUACCACAUUUCGACGCUGACAUGUUCCAGGUGCUCGGCGGGAGGAGCGUCCCGGCGGCCCGGCUCUUAGCGCCCAGGAGCGCCGUGCUCGUGGAGGCUGUCCGGGGCCGAAAGUCCCGCACCGACCCGGUAGCCAAGUCCAAAGAGGGGCGAAUUAAAGUGCCUCCCCCGGUCGAUCCAGUGGAGAUGGUGGUUCUCAAGGAGAGAUACACGGAGUACCAGCUGAUCAUGAGUGCGCUCCGUUUGGAGUUUAAGGAGGAGGUUCUGCGAAAGAAGUACGAGGAGGAGACAGGCUCGCAGGCGGAGGAGAGAGUGAGGCAGGAGGCGGAGGAGCACCGUUCCCUGAUGGCCUGGAACAAUGAGGAGAACCUGCGCAUGCUCAAAGCCAGAAUCCUGAGGGUUCAGCAGGAAGCAGAGGAAGCUCAGCGUAAGAAGAUCGAAGCUGCCAUUCAGCGGGAACAGGAACAGCAAGAAUUCAUCAAAGAAAAAGAGAGGGAGAUUUUGCAGUUGCAGGAGGAAGUAAAGAACUUCAUCACUGUGGAGAACUUGGAUCAGCGAAUUGAGGAGGCACUGGACAAUCCAAAGAAUUACAACUUUGCUGUUGACAAAGAAGGGAGAGUAGUCAAACAGACAGCGCUGCAGUGAAACGACUGGUCGAUCUGUGAGUGGAAGGACGACUUCGUUCUGUUGCGGCCCGGACUGUGAUCUGGCUUCAGUGGUCUAACUCGCUCUGGAGUUUUAAAACCUUGAAACUGAGAAAUGAUUUUGAAAUUUCCAGUGUGGCACGAGAAAGCCUGCUCACGCCCGGACCUGACAGUGUCCCCGUCAUGUGCCAUCACCACAACGUGUAAAUCAUUACUGGCAUUUGUCUUGAUUUGUAGAGUAAAUUAAUGUAAACAGUGUUGAAGCUUUUUGAACAGUUUAGGAUAAAAAUGAUAUAAGAACUGGACUUCAUUUUUCUUAUUCAUUUUGGAGGCUAAGGACAGCUGCACCUACAUGGUCAGUAUCUGGUUAUGUCGGCCACAUGAUGAUAACUGAGCCAUGGCUCUUUAUGUUGAACCAUGGUAUUAAAAUGCCUUGUGGGUACCUUGACUGUGCAUGACAUUUAAUCUGAUCCCAGUAUGCAAAUCAGUUAACAUCACAGGCCUGAGGAAGUAAAGUUGCUAUUAGGACUCUAUUGUUUUUAAUCAGUUAAAAAUUUCAUUAAAAUGUAUACAUUAAAAUAAGUUAAAACAGUCAUUGGCUGUACUGUAUGUGAACUUAUGCUAAUGUGGGUACUGACACCCUAAAGGCCCAAAACCCUGAACUAUAUAAGUACCAUCUGAGGUACAAAGUAUCGAUAAUUCAACUUAGCUCUACAUUUCCAGGCAGCUUCAUCACUAUGGUGAUGCACACAUUUCAGUCAUUGUAGUCCAGUAAAAUAAUCAGUGUGAUUUUACAAUGAUGCAUUCUGCAUAAUGAGUACUUUCACUUUUAGGAAUUUGUAUAUUUUAAUGCAUCUACUUUUGUACUCCACUGAUUUCAAAAACAACUGAAUGUAUUUCAGCAGGGUGAUCUUGCUACUUUUAUUUCUGAGUACUUGUAGUAUUCCACCACUAGUGUAAGAAGUUAGGUGGUAAAUACAUUUGCAACUACUAAGAUUUGAUCACAUGUAAAUUUUCCAACCUUGAAAUUGUCUCUGUUUGUUCUGACACGCACUGUGCCUUAACCUGAUAAAUGAUGUGGGUACAAUGGUUUCCAAAACUGAAUGACAGCUGCUUGGAAAUUGGAAUAGCUUUUCAUUUACAACAUGGCAUCAGAUUGUGGGAAUCUAGUCUCUAAAACAUGCUAAAUAGA